AUGGCGUCUUCCGAGGCACAGAGUUUAAAACUUGUGCAGAACAGCGCGAAUGAACAGAGUAUGUACAAAGACACACACACCACGACGCUUCCAGAAAACUACAAUGAAUCUACCAUGAACGUAGGCAAAACGAAUCCACUGGAAGGGUAUUACACAGUGCCACAGGACAAUAGCAGACCAAUAGAUGCUAACAAUAUUCCCUAUAUAAUUCCUGAGAUUAAUGAAUCCGGGAUGACCGUCGACCCAACGGCCAUGCAAGCGACUGCUGCGAUUAAUCAGAGUUUGAUGUACCAGAACCAUGGCAUUCCGGCGGAUUACCCCUACCAAAUGUUUAACGGUGGCAGCCCAAUGUAUGGAGGAAUUCCCCAGUAUUAUGGAGGUGUGAAUAUGCCAAUGAACCCUUACUAUGACCCGUACGGAAUUAUUAACCCUUUAUCGUGCGCGCCCCUAAACUCAGAAACUAACAAAAAAAAGAUCAAGAAGUUUUACUGUUGCUGA